AUGACUAAUACAGCAAGCAAGCCUAAUUUAGAAUAUAGUGCAAACGAUACUGAUCCCCUAUUCAAUCAUGCCAACCUGGAGACCUCAGACCCAAAAUACAAUGAAGUAGCGGACGUCAUACCAGAUGAAGGAAGGAAGUGGGGAGUCUAUUCAUAUCACAUGGGCGAGGCUAUCCAGAAAGAUUCCAGACUUCGUUCGUGUAAGGCUGUGAGGUCUUUGUCACUCGAUUCUAUAAGUAAAAUCAAUCAAUAUCCUCGUAGACAAACGUCCACAAAUAUUACAAAUCGGUACAAGACUACUGAAGUUUCAGAUUUGUUGCCAAGCAACCUUCAAGUCGAACGAAGCAAAGGGCAGAGAAGUGAUAUUGAACAACUCAAAUCAUUCAGUUUCAGAAAGGGUGAACAUACUAGACCUUCAACCGAGCAGCAUGAUGGCGUUCAAAUAUUGGCUAGCGUACAAUCUGCCACGGGAGUUUAUGACGAUGUUAUCGUUAAACAGGUGGUGUCAAAACUCGACCACCUACAUACGCCUAAAUCUGCUAUGAAACCUGUUACUGACCGAGCCAAGAUGCUGUCAACAACGGUGAGUUUACCAUCAACUGCGUCAAUCAAUGUACGCAAGUCGUGUAUACGGCCAAUGAAAGCAAAGCAGAUCGCUCCUACCUCUGAUACUCCGAAGUCCAAGAUGACAGGAAAUAUCACACAGCCUACGAUUGCUCGACAAGCUUUAAGAUCGAUAACGCCAACCAGCGGAGAAGUGAGGGAACAAUACUCUUGUGGAGACAUCGCACCUUUUACAUAUGAGAUGAUCGACAGUACGGCGAGACUGCAAUGCAAUCAACUCAGAAAAAAUCGAUCUUAUGGCGACAUCGAAUCAUCUACGAGCCAUCCAAUCGACAUUAAAUAUUUCCGAACGAUGAAAGCAAACAACUCACCCCACUCUUCGGAGGAGACUGAGAGAUAUGAAUCUGCACCUUUUACUAGUGAGAUGACGGACUGUAUGGCAAGUCUGCAAUGCAAUCAACUCAGAAAGCAACGAUCUUAUGGCGACCUUGAAUCAUCUACAAGCCAUCCAAUCGACAUUAAAUACUUCCGAAUGAUGAAAGCAAACAGCUCACCCCACCCUUCGGAGGAGACUGAGAGAUAUGAAUCCGAACCUGUUACUAGUGAGAUGACGGACUGUACGGCAAGUCUGCAAUGCAAUCAACUCGGAAAUAAUCGAUCUUAUGGCGACAUCGAAUCAUCUACAAGUCAUCCCAUCGACAUUAAAUAUUUCCGAACGAUGAAAGCAAACAACUCACCCCACCCUUCGGAGGAGACUGAGAGAUAUGAAUCCGCACCUUUUACUAGUGAGAAGACGGACUGUACGGCAAGUCUGCAAUACAAUCAACUCAGAAAGCAGCGAUCUUAUGGCGACCUCGAAUCAUCUAUCAGCCAUCCAAUCGACAUUAAAUACUUCCGAACGAUGAAAGCAAACAACUCAACCCAUCCUUCGAAGACUGAGAGCUACAAAUCCAAUUCACAAAUUACGAGUUCUCAAGAUUCUCCCAACUCCCGUUGUAUACAGUAUAAAAAAAAAUGCUUCACUGAAACCAUCGCGCCGGCAAGUGUAUCGAUUGACUGUAAAAACAGUGGUGGACCAACGCUGUUUGCGAACGUUCAGAGUGCACCAAGGGUUUCUCCGAGACCGUCAAGAACAUACCAACACUCUAAUAAUGCUUCACCUGUGCACAUGAUGGCAUCGUCGAGAUCGACACCCGUUGCUACAAAAUCGACGACUAUGUUGGGUUCGCCAGCAUCAGGGUUGACCAUGCGACCGCGACCGCGGCCGUCUGCCUUGGUCUGUCGAUCUACAACACAAGUCGUGCAAAAAAAUUGCAAGGAGAGUGUGAUGAAAACUAGUUCUAAGAUAUCUCGACAUGCAACCGACAGUGGUGUAUAUACUUCUUCGCGCUCAGAGCAUGGUGGUGUGCAUACAAAGGAUGAGGACCUGGUCUGGACGCAAUCCGAGCCUAACGACAAUUACAGGGCAUUGAGCGCUGUCAGUAGCAGCGGAGACGCCGCACAAAGUAGUUCAAGUGCGAUGCGUUCUCACCAAGACAAUGCUACCGACUCACGAAGCUUAUGGUAUACUACUACGAGUGGUCGUGGUUCCCUCCAAACGGCACCGGCCUUAAGGAGCUGUAUGUCAGCAGGUGAAUAUGGCGUGAAUUCUUCUCAGACUACGACUGGUCAAACAGGACCCCGAUUUCAUAUACAACCACGCCCUCGACCACGUACUCAACUUUCAGACUCUAGGAAUGGCACUCCCGCAGCAGACGUGUGUACUAACAUGUCGCAAGCCGAGGUUAGUGCAGAAGGGAGAGUAUCGCAUAACUUCAAGUGCUCUAGUAGCGCCCCUGUAGGGACCACCGCACUCCAACCUUUGAAGGGUGUGCGCAACUCAUCAGCGAUAGUGGCAAGCCCAUUGAAUCCAAAGAAGGCUUCAUUGCCACGGAACACGUACUUCAAGGGCAGGCGAUCUAGUGAACAGAAACUCCAGUUAAGCGAUAGUAGUACUGCCGCGGCGAAGGAAAACGCCUUACGGUCUACCAGUAUGGGCGGCUUUCCUGGAAAACGGGUUGAGAAUAAGGACAAGAACAAACCCAUUUUCUUUGCCAACGAACAAACGGACGGCUGUGACCCUUUUUGUCAAAAAAAGGAUAACAUCCCCAAGUUUCCCUUACUAGUCCCCGAGCCAAACCAAAGGCCGAGGAUUACCUAAGCCGACUACUUGAGCAGCUGUGUGCAAUUGGAC